AUGCAGACGGAGCUGCCUCGCAUUAUGCAAACAGUGCCAGUGCCUCAUUCUGGUCACAUGGCAGCUCCACCACCCCUAACACUGAUACCGUCGUCCUCUCCUCCUAACACUCGCUCAGUGCCAUUUCAUCCAAAAAUCACGUCAUUCGCACCCACUCCGCUUACACCUACAGGGAUCCAAGUUUUGAUGACCACUGGACAAAAAAGGGAAGAGCAGGAACAGAGGUACCGAGACCUUGCUGACACUAUAGCAGCGGCCUUCAAUACACUUCGGGACACCCAUAUUGCUUGCUUUGUACGAGGCGUAGAAGACUGGCAGGAACAUUCCAUGACACGUUGCAAACAUGGUGUAUGCUCCCUUGGUGACUCGGAUUGGCAGCAAUGGCAAGCCAAUGCACUCAGGCUCUCUGAAGGUUGGUGUUAUAAAUGCUGUGUACCCCAAAAAAGCACAGGUGGCUGGCACUCGUAUGUUAAAAAAGACAUGGUCUGCCCGGAUGCGAAUCUUAUCAAAGCCGCAAUUUAUGUCCUAUGGACUUACCCACCAACCGACUUCAAACUCACUGAUUGUGAAUUCGUCAUUCCCGAAUGCUUAGGUUCCUUGAAUGCCUUUCAAGACUGGCUCCUCGAGGCUCCACGUGAUAUGGACAUUCCUCCCAAAACGGGGUUUAACAACAUGCUGCGCCUUUUCGUCUGGUUACUGGAAAGGCGACAGAUUUCUGUGUGA